CCCUGCCAGCCCGUCACUGGCUGCUGGUGCUGGCACUGGGUGGGUUCACACACACACACACACACACACACACACACACCCCUUGGUGGCCUUCAGUCUCGCCGUCAGGCUCAAAACUAGCUCUGCGGGGGACACAGUAACGCGAGAGCCAUGCUGCAGACCCACCUUCUGGCCUUCUCCUUCCUUGGCCUCCUCUCAAAGGUGUGUGCCCAGCUGUGCCCCACAUCAUGUGCCUGCCCCUGGCCACCACCCCGAUGCCUGCCGGGGGCGCCCCUGGUGCUGGACGGCUGCGGCUGCUGUCGGGUCUGUGCUCGGCGGCUGGGGGAGCCCUGCGACCACCUCCACGUCUGCGACGCCAGCCAGGGCCUGGUCUGCCAGCAGGGGGAGGGCCCUGGCGGCCAGGGGGCUGUGUGCCUCUUGGGCGAGGACGACGGGAGCUGCGAGGUGAACGGCCGCCUGUACCGAGACGGGGAGACCUUCCAGCCCCACUGCAGGGUCCGCUGCCGCUGUGAGGACGGAGGCUUCACCUGCGUGCCCCUGUGCAGCGAGGACAUCCGGCUGCCCAGCUGGGACUGUCCCCACCCACGCAGGGUCGAGGUCCCGGGCAAGUGCUGCCCAGAGUGGGUAUGCGACCAGGGAGUGGGGCUGGGGGUCCAGCCUCUUCCAGUCCAAGGACCCCAGUUUUCCAGCCUCAUCGCUCCCCCACCCCCUGGAGCCCCCUGCCCAGAAUGGAGCACAGCCUGGGGUCCCUGCUCGACCACCUGUGGGCUAGGCGUGGCCACUCGGGUGACCAACCAGAACCACUUCUGCCGACUGGAGACCCAGCGCCGCCUGUGCCUGCCUGGGCCCUGCCCACCUGCCAGGCCCUACAGCUCAUGGAACAGCGUCUUCUAGAGCCAGCAGGAAAUGGAGACGUGACAUCCACUACCCCCCGCGGGUGGCCCUGUGCCUGGGCCCUGCCCUUAGCUGUGGACGACAUCAUCCAUGGCCAGGAGGACGAGAAUGUUCUCAAGCUCCCAGGUCUGUCUGGACCCUGAGAUACAGUGGGGGUACAUGACCCGGGCCCCCUUCCUCUAGCUCACAACCAGGGAGCCUUACCAAGGUUUCCAGGGGCUUCUGGUGCAUUCCCAGGCUCCAUAGCCUUUAUCAAACAUGGCGGCUUCCUCUCUAGCUGCCCCCGGGCAGGCGGGACAACCAUUCCCUGAACAAUGAGGCUGCAGUAGGGGUGAGCUAGGCUGGCACCUUUCUGCAGAAAAGGUGAAGAGGGGGCACACGGACACCCUGAAUCUCCCCUUCCUUUCUUGGAGUUUCAUAAAAUCCUCCCGAAUAUGAGUCUAGGCGUAGACAAUGUGUCCCGCAUGUGCUGAGAAAGCCCGCCCCAUCCAGGGCAGACCGCGAACCUCACUCCUCACUCGGCCAAAUCGCAGUCUUGAAGGAAGUCAGGAAGCAGGCCUUAAAGGAUCUCUGAAACCUGAUUUCUGUUAGCGAGAAUUAACCUUCCGGGAACCGGCAGGUGGUGUGGUGGUUAAGGUGCUGGACUCCCAUAUGGCCGACUGCAGUUUGAGUCCUGAACCUGGU